AGCUAGGGGGAGAGCGAGGGAGCGAGCGAGCGGGCGGGCAGCGCGAGCGGCCGCGGAGGCUGGGGACCGGGCUGGCCGCGCGGCGCCGCAGCCGCCCCCUCCCCCACGUCCCCCCACCGCCGGCGGCGGCGCGAGCGGGCGGCGGCUGUGCGGUGCGGUGCAGAGCGGAGGCGGAGGCGGGCGCGCGGGCAGCUCGCGGGCACCCGGCCGGGCCGGCGCGGGAGCGGGAAAGGGUGCGCUAUGCCUUUAACGCCCGCGUACAGUAGACAUGUAUAGUGGAGUGUAGGGAAACUCUAGGCGGGGUUAAAGUUCAGCUCAUGGAGCGGCAAUAGCGCUGGCUGGCUGCAGUUGAGCCGAGUUGGAAAUGUGAACGCAAGAAGCAGGCUUGAUUUUUUUUUCUCCCCCCUUCUCUCUCUCUCUCCCUCUCCCUCUCUUUUCCUCUCUCCCUCUUUCUCCUCUCUCACCCACAUUCACGCACACCUCCAACCGCACACCCAGACGCACACGCACACCACACCGCCCGGCAGUUAUGUAUUCUCCGCUCUGUCUCACCCAGGAUGAAUUUCAUCCUUUCAUCGAAGCACUUCUGCCUCACGUCCGAGCCUUCGCCUAUACGUGGUUCAACCUGCAGGCCCGAAAACGAAAAUACUUCAAAAAACAUGAAAAGCGUAUGUCAAAAGAAGAAGAGAGAGCCGUGAAGGAUGAAUUGCUAAGUGAAAAACCAGAGGUCAAGCAGAAGUGGGCAUCUCGACUUCUGGCAAAGUUACGGAAAGAUAUCCGACCUGAGUAUCGAGAGGAUUUUGUUCUUACAGUUACAGGGAAAAAACCUCCAUGUUGUGUUCUUUCCAACCCAGACCAGAAAGGCAAGAUGCGAAGAAUUGACUGCCUCCGCCAGGCAGAUAAAGUCUGGAGGUUGGACCUUGUUAUGGUGAUCUUGUUUAAAGGUAUUCCGCUGGAAAGUACUGAUGGCGAGCGCCUUGUAAAGUCCCCACAAUGCUCUAAUCCAGGGCUCUGUGUCCAACCCCAUCACAUAGGGGUUUCUGUUAAGGAACUCGAUUUAUAUUUGGCAUACUUUGUGCAUGCAGCAGAUUCGAGUCAAUCUGAAAGUCCCAGCCAGCCAAGUGAUGCUGACAUUAAGGAACAGCCAGAAAAUGGACAUUUGGGCUUCCAGGACAGUUUUGUCACAUCAGGUGUUUUCAGUGUGACUGAGCUAGUAAGAGUGUCACAGACACCAAUAGCUGCAGGAACUGGCCCCAAUUUUUCUCUCUCAGAUUUGGAAAGUUCUUCAUACUACAGCAUGAGUCCAGGAGCAAUGAGGAGGUCUUUACCCAGCACAUCCUCUACGAGCUCCACGAAGCGCCUGAAGUCUGUGGAGGAUGAGAUGGACAGUCCUGGUGAGGAGCCAUUCUACACAGGCCAAGGACGCUCCCCAGGCAGCGGCAGCCAGUCCAGCGGGUGGCAUGAAGUGGAGCCAGGAAUGCCAUCUCCAACUACGCUGAAGAAGUCGGAGAAGUCUGGUUUCAGCAGCCCCUCCCCGUCGCAGACCUCCUCCCUGGGAACGGCAUUCACACAGCAUCACCGACCGGUCAUUACAGGACCCAGAGCAAGUCCGCAUGCAACACCAUCGACUCUUCAUUUUCCAACAUCACCCAUCAUCCAGCAGCCUGGGCCUUACUUCUCACACCCAGCCAUCCGCUACCAUCCUCAGGAGACGCUGAAAGAGUUUGUCCAACUUGUCUGCCCUGAUGCUGGUCAGCAAGCUGGACAGGUGGGGUUCCUCAAUCCCAAUGGGAGCAGCCAAGGCAAGGUGCACAACCCAUUCCUUCCCACCCCAAUGUUGCCGCCACCACCGCCACCACCGAUGGCCAGGCCUGUGCCUCUGCCGGUGCCAGACACGAAGCCUCCAACCACGUCAGCAGAAGGAGGUGCAGCCUCCCCCACCUCACCAACCUACUCGACACCCAGCACCUCCCCCGCAAACCGAUUCGUCAGUGUUGGACCACGGGAUCCAAGCUUUGUAAAUAUCCCUCAACAGACACAGUCCUGGUACCUGGGAUAAAAGUUGCAGCGUCCCACCAUCCACCAGACAGACCACCUGACCCCUUCUCAACUCUGUAACAUGGACGCAACCUCAACCCAGCGCGGUUACAACUUCACUGUCAGUGGAAGGGGAGAAAAACCGAUUCAAAUCAACUUGUACAUGGAAACAGCAAGCAUUAUGGUCAAACAGCAAAGGCCAUAACCUUUCGGGAUUUUUUUUUAAAUACUUUAGGGACUGUUGUAAUUUCUCAUAUGGUGCUGGAAAUGGUUGGGCUUUGUAACAUUUGGAGUGUUUCCGUGGUAGCGUGAGCAUUAGGUGAUGUGGCUAGCGGAGGACUACCCUUGCUCACUGACUUCCUGCUGUAACACACUUUCCUUACGGAGCCUGGCUGUUUCACAGUAUUUCAUGAAUUUACCCACACAGGUGUGAUCCUUCUUGAGCAUUCAAGAGGCACAUGGAGAACUAAAUCUUUUGUAGUAGCUGAGAUCUGCAAUAUAUAACUUACGGGACAGUCAAAGGGCAAUGUUUUUCUGUAACAUAUUGGAAAAAGAAAAUGCAGUUAUGUUCCUUUUUUAUUUUUCUUUUAGUUCGGUUUGGUUCAGCAGUCAGCAGUUAAGUAUAUAACAUGGCCCGCAAGGACAAUGAAUCCACUCACGUUGCAGAACAAUUCCGAAAAUGGCAAACUACUACUACUAUUCAGUUUUUUAAAAGUUUUGAAAUGCUGCACUUACAUUAAAAACAACAACAACAUUUUUUCAACAAUUUCAACAAUGACACAAAAAUUCACACGGAAAUGGGGAAGAUGGUCUGUGUUGACAGAAACUGACAGGAAUCAAUCAAAACAAUCGAAUUUUGAAUUGAGUAAAGUGCAAUUUCAUUGGAUAGCUAAAUAUCUUUGUAAGAUAGAGAUUGUUGAAAAUUCUAUUUUUGUUUUUCAAGUCCUUCCACCCCAGGACUCUAAAUUAUUGGGGUAAAAAACAGCCUUGCAAGAAAAGGGGAGCUAUUUUUGCUUUUUAUGUUUUUUAUUGUUAAACUUGUAUCCCUUUAAAAACUGAAGGAAAAUUUAAAAAAAAAAAACAAAAAAACAAAUCUAAUGGUGCUUUUACCACAAUAUGUUAACUACAUUAAAUGCUAAUUAAUUAUUUUCUGUUAUCAAAGCACAUAACUAAAAUGAAAUCAUGGUAUCUGUUAAUUUUAUAAGCUAGAAGUCAUUAUAAUGAAUUAUGCCAAUUCUGAAGAUUUUUACAUGUAUCUGGCAACAUAGGAUUUAUCAGUUAUCAGACACCUCAUUGUACCAGAGAUUGUCCAGAAGUUUUAAAGACCUUUGCGUCCCUGAACUGGGCUAUGGGAAAAAAAUAAUAAUAAUAAUAAUAAUAAAACCAAUACUGACACAAAUGCUGGUGCCCAUUCAGAUCAAGGGUACUUGUUAGGGAAAAACGAACAAACAAAAAAGUUUGCACCCCCAAAUGUCCUGUAUCUUAUGUAAAAAGAAAAAAAAAGAGAAAAAAAAAGAAACAAACAAACAAAAACAAAAAAAAGUGCAAGUGAUUUUUCUACCAGACAGCGAAGCACCCCUUUGCUUCCCAUGCAACUUCAAGAAGGUUUCCUAAACUAUACAUAUAUAAACGUUCUGGUUGGCAGCCCUGCUGAUCAGAGGAAGUCUCUGCAUGUUCUAGUGUUAGUAACUAAUUUUUAUAUAGUUAAUGUAGGAUAAAGUAGAGUGCAUUAAGACACAAUAUUGUAACCCUCCUCUAGGCACUUGCCUUUAAACUUUGUUUUCAGCCCUUCAGAAGGGUUCUACUACUGUCCUAUACAAUCAAGUAACUGAAAUUCUUGGGAAGACACUUUGCUCCUCAUCUUCCCCCCCCCCAACAAUGUUGUUUUGUUUUGUUUUUUUUCCUUAAUUUGCACGAAAACAAAAAUUCCAUAUCAAUGUGCCUUGCCCUGGAUAGCGAUUAUUUGUGGAAUUGUUGCACAUGCUCCUCUAUUGAAAGGGGUUUUUCCCUCGUCAAGCAUUUGGAGACACUUUUUGUAAAUGUGACUUUUAUGUCAGCCAUCGUCAGUUUCAACAUCUAGAACUCAAUAGAAAGUCAGUUGUCCCGCAGAUAGGAGUAGUCGUUAUUGUCCUGUGUGGUCAGUGGCAGUGCAUUGCUGAGAUCUGUAGAUGCUUAGAAUGUCAGUAUUUUGGAUGUUGCUGCAUUUUACAAUUUAUUUGGAGUCUUCCUUAUUUUCCCCCCAGAUAUAUGAAAAUAUGCAAUACCUGCUUAUAUCAUGUAGAAAAGCUUAGCAAUUAUUAAUUUUUCUUUUUCUUUUUUUUUCUUUUUUUUUUUUUUUUUUUUUAUUUGACCAAAGUCGGUGCUGCACUUGACGCAGUGUGUUUUAGGUGUUUGUCUUUGUACUUUUCGUGAUUUUUGAAUGCACGUGCGCAGGAAGGGCUCCUCUUAGAGAAGCAGUCAAACUGUGAAGCACUAAGCUGACCCUGCUUCAAGCAAUUUUGUUUUUACAACUGUUCCUUUCACAAGCAAGCCUUAAAAAGAAAAAAAAAAAAAGACAACUUCCUUUUUCUUCAGCUCCCACACCCCAUUUUUCUUAGCA